AUGCUAGACUUUGGAUGUUUGACAAAUAGACAAGGUGUAAUAAAUGUCAUUCAAGACUUCUACAAGGACUUGUAUACAUCAACCCUGCCUACACCAAACAUCGCCUGGCAAGAAAUUCGGAACGUUGGAUCCGAAGAUAUACCAGAAGUAAAAAGAAGCGAACUAAGAAAGGCCCUGAAACAAAUGGAUUGUCUCCUUUUAAACAAAUGUAUUAGCGAAGAGAAAAUACCGGAAUCUUGGCAAAAUGCCGAGGUUGUUUUAAUCUUCAAAAUAGGGGACAACACCAAUAUUGCAAACUAUCGACCGAUCAGUCUUCUUUCACACUUGUACAAGCUUCUCACAAAAGUUUUGACCAACCGGCUGACAAAUAAACUUGACUUCUAUCAACCAGUCGAGCAAGCAGGAUUCAGGAAGAAAUUUAGUACAAAUGACCGUCUACAAACCGUCCGUACUCUAAUAGAGAAAUGCUCCGAGUAUAACAUAUUACGAGAUUACGAGAAGGCGUUCGAUUCUGUUGAGACCUGGGCUGUCCUGAACGCAAUGGACGAGCUCUUCAUGAUAGCACUGGAAAGCUCGUUUAAAAAGCUGCCAUGGGGAAAUAAAGGUAUCAACGUAGAUGGAACUCGACUAAGUCACCUUCGAUUUGCUGAUGAUAUUGAUGUCAUUAGUGAUGACAUCAGCGAGCUAAAAGAUAUGUUGGAAGAACUGCAAGAAACAUCAAAACAAAUCGGACCCAAGAUGAAUCUAAACAAAACCAAAAUAAUGACCAACGAACAAACAGUAAUAACUAUAGAAGGCCACGCUCUCGAAAACGUCGAGGAAUACAUAUACCUGGGCCACGCAGUCAGACUGGGAAAACAAAACCAAACAGCCGAAAUAUCCCGGAGAACAAGACUUAGCUGGGCAGCAUUCGGAAGACUAGGAUACAUUUUAAAAUCCCAAAGCAUCCCAAUUAAUCUUAAGCGGAAAGUCUACGAGGCUGGCAUAUUACCCGUUACAGUAUAUAUGGACUCGAGACGAUGA